CGCAGCAUCGAACUGACGGUCAACUCCUCCGCCAUCAUCACUACCUACAGCAGCUUCAGCCUCAGAUUGUUGCAGCACACCAAAAGGGUGUUAUCUAAAAACCUGCAAACAUGAAGUUCAUCGUCCUGUGCCUGUGCCUGUCCAGUACCGUCUCCGCCGCACCGACGCUCUACAAUUACAUGCCAUUUAGUGGGGCUAGGCGGCCUUUCCCUCCCGCACAGAUGAAAAGUGGUUAUGGAGGCCCUCAGACCGGCCCUGCAGCCAUCAGCAUGGAGAUAGUGUACCCUCAGAUUUACCCUCCACUGUUCCCUGGUGGGGCUGCAGGAGGAUCAGUUCCAGGCUCAACCAAUCCAUCCCAGGCUUUUAUUAAAUACUCCCUGCCCAAGGCCCCUGGAAGAAAAAGUGUGGAAAUUUACUACCCAUUUGACUUCUCCCAGCAGAGGAUGAUUCCAAACUUUCCCCAGCUACCCAAUAUUCCCAGCUACGCUACCUUUGAUCAUCCCGCUUUCCCCCCAAUGACGGGACCCCAGCAGCCUGUCAAUAGCCCGACCUUCGAGACCAGUCCUCCUCAGCUCCAGAACCCAUUCCAAGCCCCCCAGCAGGACCAGCCACCACCCCCCACACAGGAGCAGACACCACCGGAAGCCACCAACCAGGUCGUAGGAAAUCAGUAAGACAGCGAAUACCAAGCGACGACCGACCCGUGACUCCAAGAAAGAAAACGCAACCUUUCAAGGCUUCUUAAACUCAAUUUUCUUUAUCUUAAACCAUUUUGGGAAGAUUAUAUCCAUGCAUGCUUGGUUAAUCUAAUCUCCAAAUAGCUGCUCAUGUUCCCGCUUUCAGUUAGUUAAGGGUUGAAAUGACAUGACACAUGGCAAAAUGCAUUUAACAAGACACGCAUGCAUGCUCAUGUGAAUACAGACGAAUAUCUGCGUGCUUCUCUGCAUAGGCUUGACAAACCCUCUCUAGAUCGCUUACCUCGUUUUGUAGGAGAAAUAGUGCAGGGUGUGACGUGUGACGGGUUCAGAUAUGUUUUGCAUUCUGUGCAUUUUUUACAUUGUAAUGUUCCUUUUUCACACUGAAUAAAAACCUCUGUU